CUUCACAACAAUCAUGGCGGCGCCCAUGAAAACGUUUUCUGAAUUUUAGUAUUUUUAAUUAAUUUAUCUUUACAUUUCUAAGUUAUAUCAUAAUAAAUAAGACAUGGCUAUGGUGGACAGCUUAUGAGGUCCUGUGAGAGUGAAUAACUUACUUUCAACAUUGAACUUAAAACCUAUAGGUAAUAAAAACCUGAAGGCCAUGGAGGAACGUGCAGGUGAGGUAGUAAUAUUAAUGGCACAUUCUGCUGAAUCAGCUCAUCAAGCUGCUGUGGAUGCAUUCAAGAAAGAAAUGGAAGAUAUUUCUGUCCAGGAAUCUUCAGAAGCACACAAUGACAUGAUUGGUAUUAUGAAUGAUCUUGGAGUCUGUCCACUUCCAGAUGAAUCCCCAUCACUAAGAUUAAAGUUGCAAAGAGAGUCUGUGAUUUGAAAAUGACAUUGACUGGACUGACGUAGAUAAAGAAGAUGAUGAAUUAGAUGAAAGUGUAGACACCUCAAGUUGCAGCCUACAACAAGCAGUCGAUCCAAGUAUUCCAGCCAAUUCUUCUACUUUCAGUACACCAAAAGUAAGAGACUUCCAUAUAAAACAGUUAAAAUUCCACAGCGUCGGUCAAGCGGAAAGUCGUUUACUACUCCAUGUGGCAGAGUAAGAUGCAGCCUGGCACCAAAAUACCCUUGUCGGAAAAGGAUUGGAAUGUCUUGUGCUGUGGACACUGCAUGGCAUAAGUGUGGAUUUGACCGUUUAACUUCUCACACCUUCUUUAUGAGUAAGGCCAAAUAUGGUAAGAAGGUUGUUAAGACUGUCGUUAGCCAUAGGACAUGCGGAACAUGCAAUUGGUGGCGGAGAAACAGACCUGGUCAGACAGUUAGACAACAUAAAUGUGUACGAAACCAUCAAGGUAGUGCUCGUCUGAUGGAAAGUGUGAGUGGUGUUAAAGGUAUACAGGAGCUGGCACAGGAAGGUACCCCUGUAGAGUAUAUUGAGGGGGAUGGAGACAAUACAAUGCUGGCGAGGUUGAAAAAUGAGCUGAAUGUCACCUUGAAGAAACGAUAUGACAGAAAUCAUGUCAAAAAUGUUGGUAAAAGUCUAUAUGCAUUACAUCAUGAAAAAGGUGUGAAACUAAGUAAAAGUGUUAUUAUUCACAUAGAGAAAUGUUCAAAAUAUGCUCUGGCAAAAAAUCAAGGUGAUAGAGAUGCCUUAGAAGAUAAUUUGAAAGCCCUCACACCACACCAAUUUGGCGACCAUUCGUUGUGCAAGGGACAGUUCUGUGGUUAUAAACGGAAAAGAGGAGAGUUUUAUGUACACAGAAACCUGCCUUACAAAACAUCACUCAAUGAUGCAGAUAUGCUACGACAAAUAUUUGAUCCUCUUAUUGCUAAAGUGGAUCAGUAUGUGGACUUAGGAUCAAGCCAACAAUGUGAACAUGCAAAUCGUGAAGUAACCUUACGGGCCCCUAAACAUCUUCAUUAUGGUAGCUCAAAGUCACUGGAUUACAGAGUACAUGCUACAGCUGCCUUUAUUAAUGAAGGAGGGAACUAUAUCUCUAAGGUAUACUAG